GAAAGACACUUUAAUUAGGCUUUGGAUAUGUUUGGAUCAGGAGAUCAGGGGCUCCUCCUUCUCCACCCACCACCGUGUUGGGAGAAACUUCUGCAGAGGUAUGAUAUAGAAGAAGCGGGGCUGCAUACGGGGCUGCUUACAUUUUUUGCGUGGAAGAGACAUUAUCCAGGAUUGAGCCUUCUGGAGUGCAUUUGCAACGGAGACUUAACAUUCACACCAGCAGUUUACCUUUAAAGGACUGAUUUUCUUUCAAGAAAAAAAGCGAUUUCUUUUUUAAGAACUGUUAAAAGCACGCUUCAUGAAGAAGAUGAAGCCGUGAUGAAUGCGCUUUCUACGGAGCAUGGAGAGGGAUAUGCGCCUAUCCUCCAGGGGCUGUGGGAGUCGAUGAGAACGGGGCAGGAGGAGAUCCUGCUCUCUCCUUACCUGCCUGCGUCUUACGCCUUCUUGACGCACGUCCUGCUCUGCGCACCUUUCCUCGCGCUGGACGCGAUGGGGAGCGUGUGUCAACGGGUCCGCACAUGGAGGAUCACUGCAGGCUCGGAUCCGCCGCCGUCUCUUCGAAGAUGGUUUGACUGUUUCUGCAGGCUUCUGUACAGAUACCUGACCACCGUCCUCCCCGCAACCGCUCUGUUACACUUAGUGAGGAGUCCCGCGUUGCCGGAGCUGGCUCCGUCCUGCUGGCAGCUCUUUGUGGAGGUGUUCGCGUGCUUACUGCUUUUUGACACGUUCUUCUUUAUAUGGCACAUCGCCAUGCACAGGGUUCCCUGGCUCUACCGCAACAUCCACCAGCAGCACCACCAGCACCACAUACCCUUUGCUCUGGCAGCUCAGGACAGCAGCCCACUGGAGCUGUUAUUGCUGCUGCUGCUGGCUCUUAACAGUGCCUGGCUGGUAGGCUGCCACCCUCUGAGUGAGGCUGUUUUCCACCUCGUCAACAGCUGGCUGGCUGUGGAGGACCACUGUGGCUACAACCUGCCCUGGGCUCUGCACAGACUGCUGCCCUGUCUGGGAGGAGCCCCCUGCCAUCAAGCCCAUCACACACUCCACAGUGUCAACUACGCCCCUUAUUUCACCCACUGGGACCUCCUCUUUGGCACAUACCGUGCCCCAGUGCAGUAUUUACAAGCAGAGUGACAAAACUGUUGCACAUAGCAAACUGAGGAUUUCUCAAGUUACAGCAAAGCCGUCAAAUGAAGGAUUCAGUUUACAACAAAUUGACCAUUGUAAUUUCAGCCACCCACUCCUACAGUAUCAAGACAUUAUGAGAGUUGUAGCUACAAAUUGCCUUUUAUAAGAAAAUGAUUGAAAUCUAUUUUAUUCUCUAAACAAGACUUCAUACUUUUUAUUUCUUUGUCAACGAUCUGAGUAUUCACUAAUGAGCAAACUUAAUGUUCACAUACUUUAUUUACAAUAUGAAGCCAACAAUGGCACUGUAGCACUCAAAUCUACAGCUGCUCUGAAUCAAGUGCAUGCUGCACCAGAUGAGGAGAGCAGAGGGACGACAUAACAAAUCAAGACAAUGAAACAAUGGACAAAUGCUUCAAACAAUGUGCAGCUCAUUUGCCUUCGUGAUAUGGGAGUGCUUUUGGAUGGAUUCACAUGCUUUCAUUUAGUAGGCGCUCAUAGGUAAAGGGAAGAUUACAUAUUGAGCAGAUGUCUGCUGAUAUUCACACAUUCAAGGCUACUCAAAGAGAAGUUUGAGGUACUCUCAAAUUGGUAUGGUUAAUUGGAAGCUACAGCCAAAAGAAAGUUAGCUUAACUUAGCAUAAACACUGGAAAUGGGAAAACAGCGAGCACGCCUCAGCAGAGACUCCAGGAAGUGACGACACCUGGCACAUAAAAUGUAAAACAACAAAACUUAUGUAAAGAUGAAACUAACAUGUAUAGGUAUAGAAAUGUUAAAAUGUUAAUUGGUGGGCUUAAGGUCCUGAAAUGUGAAUCUUUAUCAUUUUAUUUCUAGCAAGAGCCAAUAGUCUUCCUCUGGGACAGAAAUAUGAAGCCAACAGCAGUGCCAAAAACUGCAGUUCCUCAAAUAGCCACUUGAGGCUUGCUCCAAAAGCUAGUCAAUCCCCAUAGACCCCCAUGUUAAAAUGCUGAACUUUACAGCAGGAGUAAACAUGUGUACAGCCUGGUACAAAUAGUCUUUAUAGCUAAUUUCAACAUCCAUUACAACUUUACAUUUAAAUGUUAUCAAGACUUAAAGUUCUACAUAAGUAAGGUCGCUUCAGGUGACAAGUGGGCAUUUGUUGGCAAGUUGCUAUCACGCCAAUGUUGAUUAGCCAAUGCAACCAUGGUGCAACCCAGAUUAACAAAGUAUAGGCAUAGCUGUGACUGUCUCUAUUUCAACGCGCUUUUGGUCCAUGAAAGUUAAUUAUUACUUGUUCAACAUUUGGUUGUACUAUAAGACCCUCUUGUGAAUCUGAUAUUCAGUUUUUCCUGUAAAUACAUUUUGUUUAAUUGGUGUUAAGCCUGGUUUAACAGUGCAAAUUAGCAUUAGCAUCAUCACAGAUAACUAUGUUGUUAAAUCCACCGUCCUAACUAAGCCAGAAGCUAGCGUUAUCUCCAGCCUCGUUACCAAAUAUGGUAAAUCCAAAAUUCCAAGAAGGCGCCGGCAAAAGCGCCCAACUCAAGGCAUCAAAAUAGGAUGGUUUAUGCUAAGAUAAGCUAAAUUGACAGCUGGCUGCAGCUUAAUAUUUACCAUAUAGAUGUAAGGGUAGUAUGUUUCUUGUAAUCUAACUCUUAGAGGGAAGGCAAAUAAGCAUAUUUCCCAUUUUUAAUAUAGCUAAAUCAUUUGAUAUUUGUCUUUCAAUUAUCAUGAAAGGUAAAGCAAGUUGUGCAAAUUCUAAAUAUUGUAUUUGGACUGUCUACCAUUUAGGAUUAAUGUAAAUAUUUUGAAGUGAACAUUCCUAUUUGAGCCAAAUAUUUAUGUAUGUUGUUGUAUGUUUGUAUUUUGUAAAGAUUCUGCUAUGUUCAAUGCUCUAUUUGGUCACUUAAGUAUGAGAAAAUGUAUGAAAGCGGGACACUGGUUUGGUGUUUUGAUGUUGGCCUCAGGUUCAAGUUUCUGCUGUGCUGCUGUGGUGAGUGAUUUGUAUGCCCUGGGCCCCUCAGCUUCCUACCCCGUCUGUUAACAGAUUCCAUAUGGAUUUGGCCGAGCAAUGAAAACCACAUGUUUUUAGAGAUGACAAGUCUUUUAGUCCCUUUGUGCAUCUGUAACCUUUGUAAUUUGUUUUACAAGGGAGGAAUGGCAAUCAAUACCUUUAAAAAUCCGACAAUAACAACAUGCUCAGGGUUUAUUUCCCACAGAAUUGAGCUGGAGUUAUGCCAGGUGAUUUCUGGCUACCUUUCCAUCAUGCUGUGCUCACAUGAAAAAAAGGACAGCAAAGAGGUCCAGAUUGCUCAACUUUCCUACACUUCACCACAGUGAGGUAUGGGGUCUAACACUGAAUGAAAUGGUGUCAAAUGCAUUUCCUGUAAAGAGACAAGUAUAUUUCGCAUUAUUUUACCUUCGCAAUGAUGUGU